UGUACUGUAAAUACUGUGUACUGUACUGUACGUGUACUCACCACAUGAAGAGCACGUACGAGGCCGUGGCCGGCGAGCUGCACGCGCACGCCGCGCACGCGCUGCACGACCACCACUCGCUGCACGCCGGUAUGUUACUGUACUGUAAAUACUGUGUACUGUACUGUACGUGUACUCACCACAUGAAGAGCACGUACGAGGCCGUGGCCGGCGAGCUGCACGCGCACGCCGCGCACGCGCUGCACGACCACCACUCGCUGCACGCCGGUAUGUUACUGUACUGUAAAUACUGUGUACUGUACUGUACGUGUACUCACCACAUGAAGAGCACGUACGAGGCCGUGGCCGGCGAGCUGCACGCGCACGCCGCGCACGCGCUGCACGACCACCACUCGCUGCACGCCGGUAUGUUACUGUACUGUAAAUACUGUGUACUGUACUGUACGUGUACUCACCACAUGAAGAGCACGUACGAGGCCGUGGCCGGCGAGCUGCACGCGCACGCCGCGCACGCGCUGCACGACCACCACUCGCUGCACGCCGGUAUGUUACUGUACUGUAAAUACUGUGUACUGUACUGUACGUGUACUCACCACAUGAAGAGCACGUACGAGGCCGUGGCCGGCGAGCUGCACGCGCACGCCGCGCACGCGCUGCACGACCACCACUCGCUGCACGCCGGUAUGUUACUGUACUGUAAAUACUGUGUACUGUACUGUACGUGUACUCACCACAUGAAGAGCACGUACGAGGCCGUGGCCGGCGAGCUGCACGCGCACGCCGCGCACGCGCUGCACGACCACCACUCGCUGCACGCCGGUAUGUUACUGUACUGUAAAUACUGUGUACUGUACUGUACGUGUACUCACCACAUGAAGAGCACGUACGAGGCCGUGGCCGGCGAGCUGCACGCGCACGCCGCGCACGCGCUGCACGACCACCACUCGCUGCACGCCGGUAUGUUACUGUACUGUAAAUACUGUGUACUGUACUGUACGUGUACUCACCACAUGAAGAGCACGUACGAGGCCGUGGCCGGCGAGCUGCACGCGCACGCCGCGCACGCGCUGCACGACCACCACUCGCUGCACGCCGGUAUGUUACUGUACUGUAAAUACUGUGUACUGUACUGUACGUGUACUCACCACAUGAAGAGCACGUACGAGGCCGUGGCCGGCGAGCUGCACGCGCACGCCGCGCACGCGCUGCACGACCACCACUCGCUGCACGCCGGUAUGUUACUGUACUGUAAAUACUGUGUACUGUACUGUACGUGUACUCACCACAUGAAGAGCACGUACGAGGCCGUGGCCGGCGAGCUGCACGCGCACGCCGCGCACGCGCUGCACGACCACCACUCGCUGCACGCCGGUAUGUUACUGUACUGUAAAUACUGUGUACUGUACUGUACGUGUACUCACCACAUGAAGAGCACGUACGAGGCCGUGGCCGGCGAGCUGCACGCGCACGCCGCGCACGCGCUGCACGACCACCACUCGCUGCACGCCGGUAUGUUACUGUACUGUAAAUACUGUGUACUGUACUGUACGUGUACUCACCACAUGAAGAGCACGUACGAGGCCGUGGCCGGCGAGCUGCACGCGCACGCCGCGCACGCGCUGCACGACCACCACUCGCUGCACGCCGGUAUGUUACUGUACUGUAAAUACUGUGUACUGUACUGUACGUGUACUCACCACAUGAAGAGCACGUACGAGGCCGUGGCCGGCGAGCUGCACGCGCACGCCGCGCACGCGCUGCACGACCACCACUCGCUGCACGCCGGUAUGUUACUGUACUGUAAAUACUGUGUACUGUACUGUACGUGUACUCACCACAUGAAGAGCACGUACGAGGCCGUGGCCGGCGAGCUGCACGCGCACGCCGCGCACGCGCUGCACGACCACCACUCGCUGCACGCCGGUCACAGCGCGGCAGCACACGGCGCGCACGCGCACGGCAGCGCCGGCGCCAGCGCUUCCAACAAACGACAUAAGCAAAAGAAGAGCUACACGCUGGCGCCCGCGGCGACGGCGGCGCACGCGCAGCCGACGCUGGCGCCCGUCGCCAGCCGAUCCUCGUCGCCCACCGUCGUAAUGAAUAAUGUCGUGAACAACGUAGCAAUCGAAGAGCCAAUGGAGGAGGAAUGGACGUACGACCCCAACGAGCCGCGCUAUUGCAUCUGCAACCAGGUUUCCUACGGGGACAUGGUCGCCUGCGAUAAUCAAGACUGUCCCUAUGAAUGGUUCCACUACCCGUGCGUGGGCAUCACGGCCCCGCCGAAGGGCAAGUGGUACUGCCCGCAAUGCCAAACCAACAUGCGCCGCAACAGAGCACACCGCAAGAACUAAACAUUUACAAAAUAUUCCAUGCUUGAUUGUAUUCGUGUCUGUAAUCAUGGUUACAUCUAAUAAAUGUACACUAUUAA